CCCUACCCGUAUACACAACCCUGCUCCUCCAAGAAUCUCGAUACUUCAGGAUAUCCUAUUCCCAAUGUAACACAAGCCAAGCCCAUACAGCAAUUAUCCCCCGCAUUCUGCCCCUCACCGCCCCGCCAUUCUGCCAUCCCCCACCGCCUUCUCCCCCACCAAAUCCGUAAAUUUCCACCAAGACCCCUCCAACCAGCCCCCCAUACCAGCCAUUUCAAAGCCCAUUCCUCUUAAAAGAAACUCACACGCGACCAUGGCAGACGUCGACCCCCUCGCCACCCCGGAAACGGACAUAACGACGCAGACCAUCCUCCUACACGCCGCAAACCACGAUAUCCCAGCCCUCAAACCCUACCUGCGCGUGCCUGGCGCAGCGUCGGCCCAGGAUCCAGAGACUGGAUUUACGCCGCUGCAUGCGGCUAUUGCGGCCUGCGGGCCUGUAUAUGAAGGAGCGGCAGGGUCUGAGGCGCCUGCCGGCGAGCCGGCUGCCGCUGCGCCUGCUUCCGGAGAGGAGAAGGGUUUCACUGAGGACGCCAACGCGAUCGAGAACAUUGAGGCGUCUGCUAUAGCAACGGUUACGGAGCUGUUCCUCUCGGGCGCGAUCUGGAAUGAUCUCGACGCGAAUGGUGAGACACCGGGGUGCCUCGCAUGGCGUCUAGGGAGGAAGGGGGUGUAUGAGGCGGUUGUUCAGGCGGGGGUGCGGGCCGAAGUGCUGCUGGGGAUGAUGGGGGGUUACGACCCUUUGUCUAGCGGGGAGGAGUCCGAAGCCGAGGAAGAUGAUACCACAGAGCCCGCUACAGAAGCAGAGCCACAACCAGAGGCCGCAGGUGUGGCGAAAGAAACCACAGACACAAAAGCUCCCGCGCCCUUCGACCCGCAAGAUCCAAGCGACGUCAACUCUCGCGACUACCUUGUCUCAGAGCUCACCUCCACCUCCACCGCGCUCCUCGACUCUGACGCCAACGCCGUCAUGAUGGAGUGGGAAACAGACAUCAUGAAGCUCUCCGCAGCCCUCCUCGCGCCCGCCCCCGGCCUGCGCGUCCUCAACAUCGGCUUCGGGAUGGGCAUAGUGGACCGCUUCUUCUCUGCCGAGAUGCCGAGCACACACCACAUUAUUGAGGCACACCCCGGUGUCCUCGCAUUGCUGCGCGCGCCCGACCACGAGUUCGGGGCGAAGUGGGAGGUGAAGGGGAAGGAGGGAAGGAAUAAGGUUUGGCCGGGCAGGUGGCAGGAUAUCGCGCCCGCACUGCUGAUGGGAGGGGAGAUGUACGAUGCGAUUUAUUUCGAUACCUUUGGGGAGGACUAUGGAGCGUUGAAGAUGUUCUUCGAGGAUUAUGUGCCUGGGCUACUAGCGGAGGGGGGACGGUUUGGAUUUUUCAACGGGCUGGGGGCAGAUCGGAGGGUAUGCUAUGAUGUGUAUACGCGUGUGGCGGAGAUGGAUCUUGAGGGGGUGGGGAUGGAAGUGCAGUGGGUAGAGGUCGAGGUGCCAAUUGAUGAGGGGCUUGGGAAAGAGGGCGAGGGGGAGUGGGGGGGGGUUAAGAGGAGGUAUUGGACAUUGGAUACGUAUCGCUUGCCUAUUUGUACCUUUAUGGGUUGA